UCAAAGUAUUUGAAGUCUUCCUUAAUUUUAUGUAUAGUUUUUUAUGUUGGUGUUUUUUGUUUCUGUGUAUCGCAUCACGGGAGUGAGUAGGCCGACACGAGCACGAGGAUUAUUUGCUUAAUUUUGUUAUUAAAAGAUUUGUGAAAAAGUGUGCGAUUAUACCCUUUAAACCAAGCAAACAAAACAAUCCAACAUGCAACCUCAAAUUUUGUUAUUAAAAGAAGGAACUGAUUCCUCUCAGGGAAAACCUCAAUUGGUUUCUAACAUAAAUGCCUGCCAAUCUGUUGUGGACUCUGUCCGUACCACCCUUGGCCCAAGGGGUAUGGACAAGCUUAUUGUGGACCGAAAUGGCAAAUCCACAAUAUCAAACGAUGGAGCCACCAUAAUGAAAUUGCUGGACAUUGUGCAUCCAGCUGCCAAAACUUUGGUUGAUAUUGCCAAAUCUCAAGAUUCAGAGGUCGGUGAUGGUACAACAUCUGUAGUUCUACUUGCUGGAGAAUUUAUGCGCCAAAUGAAGCCUUUUAUUGAAGAAGGUGUUCAUCCAAGAAUUAUAAUCAAAGCUAUGAGAACAGCUUUGAACUUGUGCUUGGAAAAAAUCAAUGCUUUGUCUGUAAAACUGGACAAAUCUGAUUCUGCAGAAAACAGGAAUUUAUUAGAAAAGUGUGCAGCCACAGCUUUGAGUUCCAAAUUAAUUCACCAGCAAAGAGAUUUCUUUUCUAAAAUGGUAGUAGAUGCUGUUUUACAAUUAGAUGAUUUGUUGCCUUUGGACAUGAUUGGAAUUAAGAAAGUCAGCGGGGGUGCUUUGGAAGAUUCACAACUCAUUGCAGGUGUGGCUUUCAAGAAAACCUUCUCUUAUGCUGGUUUUGAAAUGCAGCCUAAGUCUUACAAAAACUGCAAGAUUGCCUUGCUGAAUAUCGAGUUGGAACUGAAAGCUGAAAGAGAUAAUGCAGAGGUUCGUGUAGACAAAGUAUCCGAAUACCAAAAAAUAGUUGAUGCAGAAUGGCAAAUCUUGUACGACAAAUUAGCAAAAAUCCAUGCUUCUGGUGCCAAUGUUGUCUUGUCCAAACUGCCAAUUGGUGAUGUAGCAACACAGUACUUCUCAGACAGGGAUAUGUUCUGUGCAGGCCGUGUACCCGAUGAAGACCUCUCCAGAACACUCAAAGCUUGCGGAGGUGCAGUUCUGAGCACAGUUCAAGAUUUGAAAGCCAGCGAACUAGGAAGUUGUGACUAUUUUGAAGAGGUGCAAAUUGGUGGAGAACGUUUCAACAUCUUCUCAGGCUGUCCUAAUGCCAAGACUUGCACAAUGGUUCUGAGAGGAGGUGCUGAACAAUUUUUGGAAGAAACUGAGAGGUCACUUCAUGAUGCCAUCAUGAUUGUUAGGAGGACUUUGAAAAAUGAUGCUAUUGUAGCAGGUGGUGGAGCAAUAGAGAUGGAAUUAUCCAAAGCCCUACGUGAUCA